UAUAGCUUCAGUUGCGUUUGGCUUAUAGGAUGGUUUGGAUCAAGUCUCUUUCUUGGCUGGUACUACCAGUUUUAUUUAUAAAUUCGGCUAUGUCAACUGGCUUUGCAGAGGAAACGGUACUGAACCAUUAUGAAGACCCGGAUCCGGGUCGGGAGAAGUACAUUUGGAAUCCGUUUCCGGGCUUCUGCGGCGAGAAUGCCACCCAGGCCAGAUGUGCAGGAGUGUGCCCCGAAACCUGCGCCUUCAAAUCGCUCAAGUGUCCCAAAUAUUGCGGAGUGAAUUGCAUUUGCAAACCUGACUAUGUCUUCGAUGAAAUACUACAGCUGUGCAUCUUAAAAUCUGACUGUCCUCAGGAUAUCAAACAAGAAGUUGUGGAAAUCCAUCGUGUUUUUCAGUAAAUCCCUAAGAAAUUAAGGUUUUUAAUCUAAUAUCAUAAAACUUACUGGAGAUUUACUGGGCUGGGUUUAUUAAAACCAAUUUUAAAUUGAA